AUGUCUAUCACAAUGAAAUUUUUAUUUCUUUUCGUUGCUUGCUUCGUUCUUGCUGCCUAUGCUGAUGAUGUCGUAAUUAAAGUGGGCAAUUUGAAAUAUGAUCCUCAAACUGUUGACGUGAAAAACGGUGACACCUUGGUUUUCACUUGGCUUUCUGAUGGAAGUCAACACGAUGUCAUCCAAUCUGACUCUAAAGGAUCUUGCACUGCAUCCACCAAACUUACUAGCCUCAAAACUGAAAUAAAAUCAUCGGGAACUUGGAACUACACUGUUACCGAAGCUGCUAAUACAAAAAUGUGGUAUUUCUGUAGUGUAGCAAGUCAUUGUGAAAGUGGUAUGUAUGGUACUAUUAAUGUCGUUAGUGAUGAUGAUAUUCCAUCCACUGCCACUGGUGGUUCAGUCUGA